AUGGAGCCCGCCGUGUCGUUGGCCGUGUGCGCGCUGCUCUUCCUGCUCUGGAUCCGCGUGAAGGGGCUGGAGUUCGUGCUCAUCCACCAGCGCUGGGUGUUCGUGUGCCUCUUCCUGCUGCCGCUCUCGCUCAUCUUCGACAUCUACUACUACGUGCGCGCCUGGGUGGUGUUCAAGCUCAGCAGCGCGCCGCGCCUCCACGAGCAGCGCGUCCGGGACAUCCAGAAGCAGGUUCGAGAAUGGAAGGAGCAAGGCAGCAAGACCUUCAUGUGCACAGGGCGCCCUGGCUGGCUCACCGUCUCGCUUCGGGUUGGGAAGUACAAGAAGACCCACAAAAACAUUAUGAUCAACCUGAUGGACAUUCUGGAGGUGGAUACCAAGAAGCAGAUUGUCCGUGUGGAACCCUUGGUGUCUAUGGGUCAGGUGACCGCCCUGCUGACCUCCAUUGGCUGGACCCUGCCUGUAUUGCCCGAGCUCGAUGAUCUCACCGUGGGGGGCUUGAUCAUGGGCACGGGCAUCGAGUCAUCGUCCCACAAGUAUGGCCUGUUCCAGCACAUCUGCACUGCCUACGAGCUGGUCCUGGCGGAUGGCAGCUUUGUGCGAUGCACCCCGUCAGAAAACUCAGACCUGUUCUACGCUGUGCCAUGGUCGUGUGGGACCCUGGGCUUCCUGGUCGCCGCCGAGAUCCGCAUCAUUCCCGCCAAGAAGUACAUCAAGCUGCGGUUUGAGCCCGUGCGAGGCCUGGAGGAGAUCUGUGACAGGUUCAAGCACGUGUCCCAGCAGCAGGAGAACCACUUUGUGGAAGGGCUGCUCUACUCCCUGGAUGAGGCUGUCAUCAUGACGGGGGUCAUGACAGACGAGGUGGAGCUCAGCAAGCUGAAUAGCAUUGGCAAUUACUACAAGCCCUGGUUCUUCAAGCACGUGGAGAACUACCUGAAGACAAACCGAGAAGGCCUGGAGUACAUCCCCCUGAGACACUACUACCACCGGCACACGCGCAGCAUCUUCUGGGAGCUCCAGGACAUCAUCCCCUUCGGCAACAACCCCAUCUUCCGCUACCUCUUUGGAUGGAUGGUGCCUCCCAAGAUCUCCCUCCUGAAGCUGACCCAGGGCGAGACCCUACGCAAGCUGUACGAGCAGCACCACGUGGUGCAGGACAUGCUGGUGCCCAUGAAGUGCCUGAUGCAGGCCCUGCACACCUUCCACAACGACAUCCACGUCUACCCCAUCUGGCUGUGCCCAUUCAUCCUGCCCAGCCAGCCUGGCCUGGUGCACCCCAAGGGAGAUGAGACUGAGCUCUACGUGGACAUUGGAGCUUACGGGGAGCCACGCGUGAAGCACUUUGAAGCCAGGUCCUGCAUGAGGCAGUUGGAGAAGUUCGUUCGCAGCGUGCAUGGGUUCCAGAUGCUGUACGCCGACUGCUACAUGAACCGCGAGGAGUUCUGGGAGAUGUUUGACGGCUCCCUGUACCACAAGCUGCGGGAGCAGCUCAAUUGCCAGGAAGCCUUCCCCGAGGUGUAUGACAAGAUCUGCAAGGCCGCCAGGCACUGA